GAACAUAGAAGAACGUUACAAUAAAAAAUAUAUAGAUCCGAAUUCCGCAGUAAUAAUUUAGAUUAUUAUCGCAUUAGAUCUUUUGUCAACAUAAAAAAACAAGAAGUUUUAUUUAUAACAAUAUGCCUGGUGCAAAUCCCUACGAUCUAGAUCCAGAAGUUCGAGCGCUUUUGAAGAUUGAAACUUUUCAGCAAGGGAAAUUUACCACCAGAGAAUUUGUCGAAAAUAUAUCAAAAAACAUUCUGAAACGAGCUAAUCCGAAAGAAUUUGAUCCUAAGCCGUUUAUAAGAACGUUUGAAAGAUCUAUUGACGAACUUUUGAAACUUCGAGAAUCAGUUAAAAAAGAAAGUAAAGAUUUAGAAGCAAGUGUACAACUUAUAGAAACGGGUCACAGAAAAAAGUUGGUCGAAUUGAAAACUACUUUUGAAGACGUUGUUAACUCAUUUGAAACUUUAGAAACAAGAAUUAAUGAAGUUGGCAAUACGGCAAUCAGGAUCGGCGAGCAGUUAGAGACUAUUGAUAAACAGAGAUCACGUGCUUCUGAGUCUAAAGAAUUAAUAGAGUAUUUCAUGGCAUUUAAUAGAGGCGAUAUUUCACAAUUGGAAUAUUUACGGACUCAGAAUGGAAAAGAAGGACAAUUUAAGGCUGCUACUAUAUCAAGAAGAUUAAAUGCUAUAGCAAAAGAAGUUGAUAUACCAGGAGGUGAAGUUGCUAGAUCUCGUAUUGAGAAAUAUUGUGAAGUUUUAGAAAAAGAAUUGCUUGAAGAGUUUGACAAAGCAUACAGACAAAAAGAUAAGGAGACAAUGAAGCAUUGUGCAAAAACUCUCCAAGAAUUUAACGGUUGCGAAUCUUGUAUAAAAUUAUAUGUUAAUCAACAUCAAUUUUUUAUUACGAAAGUAAAUUUGAGUCAAGCAAAUGAAUUUUUAACAAGUCCAAGUUGGAAUGAUUUACCCAAUCCUCAAGUACCACCACCAGCAGUUGACCAAGGACUUGUUGAACUUUAUAAGGAGAUUAGAGCAACUGUCAAGCAAGAAGCAGAAAUUAUAAAUGCCGUUUUUCCCAAUCCUAUUAACGUCAUGCAAGUAUUUUUACAACGAAUAUUUGCUCAAUUGGUUCAAACAUACAUUGAAAGCCUUUUAACACAUGCAGAAAAUGAUUCUACACUUGCUUACUUGCGUUCUUUAGCAUCAGUUUAUACUGCAACAACGGAAUUAGUUGAUGACUUGAAAGGACUUGAUAUGAGGCAAAAAAGAAACGUGGCUCCAUCUAAAAUGGUCGAAGAAGGUUCUCGCAAGAGUAAUACGAUUGCAGAAUUGUUGGAUCAAUGCAUUGAAGAUUUAUUUGUUCCAUAUACUGAGGGUGAUCGUUACAUUGAAAAAGAGAAGAAAUCCUUGAGUGAACUAUAUUCAUCCUUACUAUUGCAAUUUAAUGCUUAUCACAUCCAACAACAAAGUAGAGCACAAGCUGGAGGUUUGUUUCAGCGUGCUGUUAACCAAAUAACAAAUCAAAGUGGUGGAAGAGAUAUUGCUGAUAUAGUGACUACGGAAGAGGAUGGAAGUUUAUCCGUAAGUACAGCUAUGCUGAUACUUAAAAUUCACGUUGAGGCUAUAAGACGUUCCGUUAAACUUAGUCCUCCUUCUGAACUACCCAAGUUUACUAGUGCAUUAUUCCAUGUCUUAUUGGACAGCAUCGGUAAACAAUAUGUAGAUACUGCUUUAGAUACAUGUUUGGAUCAGAUUACUGCUAUGGAUUCUAAGUACGAGCCUGAUUUUAAACCUUUUAGAGUUAUAAAAAUAGCGAAGGAUAUUAUACAUUUGGCGCAAAAUCAUUUUCAAAUGGCCAUUCUUCCUUUGGCUUCUCCAUCAUUGACAAUACACCGAGACCUUACUUCAGAUAAGAAUAGAUUUAUGAUGGGAGUGGAAAAUAAAAUGAAUUCGGCUGUACAAAAGAUGAUUGAUGUCAUUAUUGCAAGGUUAAGUUAUCUAUUGUCACGACAAAAGAAAGUAGAUUUCAAACCAAAAGAUGAAGAUGACAUAGUCGCUAGUUUGGCGACAACGCCUUGUAAUAAUUGUGUUGAAUAUUUGAAAAAAAUACACUCAUCAAUUAGUCAAUGCCUUGAUGGCAAAAAUUUGGAAUAUGUUCUGAUUGAAAUAGGUGUAACAUUUCAUAGUAUUCUUUUGGAUCAUUUCAAAAAAUUUCAAGUGAGUGCGGCCGGAGGUUUAGUUCUGACAAAGGAUAUAGCAAAAUACCAAGAAACUGUUGCAUUAUUUAAGAUUCCUCAACUUGAUGAUCGCUUUGAAAUGUUACGUCAAUUAGGAAAUCUUUUCAUCGUUAAACCUGAAAUCCUUAAGUCUGUACUUAAUGAGGGACAUCUUGUUAAAAUAGAUGUUAAAUAUCUUCUGCCAUACCUUCAGGUUCGUACAGACUUUAGGUCGGCUGGCAUUGACGCUUUAUUAGGAACAACUGCUGAAAUUGGUUCCGGUGAAAGAAAUUUUAAUGAAAAAGCAAGAGCUAGAUUAGCUGCUAUGGGACUUAAUAUUCAUAUCGGAUUAGGAGACAUGCCAUAAGGUGUUAAUAGAAUAACGAAAAUUAAGAUAGUUUUUAUUAUAUUAUUAUUUAAAAUAAUUUAUUAAUAUUGUAAUAAUGUAUUUUAAAAAUAAAGAUCUACCACAAAAUUUAUAUUAUGAUGAUUGGUCAUUG